UAUUUUUCGUCGUCACAAUACUGAUAAGCGAGAAGAACAAAAAAAAAACAGAAGCGAGCGAUCUACGCGUUAAUCUACAUAGCUGCAAUGAGUAGUGUUUACUCAUCAUCCACUAUCUCGAACUCUGGUGACCAAGGAGAAAGCAGUGUAUCCAACGGUAGUGGUAUUAACCGUGUGCAUAACGUACAAAUCGAUGGCACAAUGAGGCCCAUACGACCAUACGUUUCGAGCCAGCGAACUAGAACCGACAGCGAUAUGGCGGUGGAAACAAAGGAGCCCACCGAAGAGGAAGGUAUCGUCGAGUCACCCGUGCUGCAGGACGCCCGCAUGAACGAGAUGGAGGAACGGUUACGACGGAAGUUGCAGUUUUUCUUCAUGAACCCAAUCGAGAAAUGGGAAGCGAAGCGCCGUUUUCCGUACAAGUUUGUUGUGCAAGUUAUCAAAAUAGUCCUCGUAACGCUGCAGCUCUGCCUCUUUGCACAUUCCCGCUACACACACGUGAACUACACGUGGGACAAUACGGUCACUUUUUCGCAUCUGUUCCUGCGCGGCUGGGAUAUCACGAUGGAGGUGAACAACUAUCCGCCAGAGACGGGCCCACUAUCGGUGUACAUGAUCGAUGAGUUCUUCAAAACGAUUGACUAUGCCGCAGCCGGUUAUGCGGAUCUGCCCAAAGCGAUCGGACCGUACUCCUUUCCGACCGAAGACAACACGAUGCCACCCAUGCGAUUGUGUCUGUACCGAUACAAAGACGGCACCAUCUUUGGAUUCAACGAGAGCUACGUAUUCAACCCGGAAAUUGACUCGCUCUGUGUGGACCUGUAUCAGAACGUGACCGUCAACGGUACCCAGGCCUAUCUGCACGAUAAAGAGAUUAACAUCAACUUUUCCGCGCUGGUAAAGGCGGAACUGACGUUUGCCAUCAAAACGGUCAACUUUAAGGCGGCCGGACCGAUAACGGCUCCGGACUGCUAUCGCUUCGACAUACUGAUCCUGUUCAACAAUCAGGACCACGACGGUCAGAUGGUGCUGCGGCUAGAGGCGGAACCAACGCGAUUGGUAUGCCACGGCGAUGUAGAGUUUAUCAAAAACUCUCAGAUCGAUGACGCACUCCGCAGCUUGCUGAACAUUCUGGUGAUCGUUAUCUGUCUCGUGUCGUUUGCUCUGUGUGCACGGGCCAUUUUUCGCGCACAGAUACUACGGCUGGCAACGUGCGACUUCUUCAAGCAAGCCUACGGCAAGGAUCUGAGCUGUGAAGGCAAAUGGGAGUUUGUCAACAUGUGGUACAUCAUGAUCGUGUUCAAUGAUGUGCUGCUCAUCAUCGGAUCGGCACUGAAGGAGCAGAUCGAACGAAAGCACUUCAUUGCAGACGAUUGGAACGUAUGCUCGCUGCUGCUUGGCGUAGGCAAUUCGCUUGUGUGGUUUGGCGUGUUGCGUUACCUCGGAUUCUUUAAAACGUACAACGUUGUGAUACUAACGCUGAAGAAAGCAGCUCCAAAAAUUAGCCGAUUUCUUCUUUGUGCACUGUUGAUCUACGCCGGAUUCACCUUCUGCGGCUGGCUAGUGCUUGGGCCGUAUCACAUCAAGUUCCGUUCGCUGUCUACCACCUCCGAAUGUUUGUUUGCGCUCAUCAACGGUGACGACAUGUUUGCCACCUUCUCAAUCAUGUCGGAGAAAUCCCUGAUGCUGUGGUGGUUUUGCCGCAUUUAUCUGUACUCCUUUACAAGCCUGUACAUCUACGUUGUACUGUCCCUGUUUAUUUCCGUCAUUAUGGACGCGUACGACACGAUCAAGAAGUAUUACAAGGACGGUUUCCCGCAGAGUGAUCUCCGACUGUUUGUUGGACCCAUCAGCCCCAACGACUUCUCGAGCGGUGUGUUUCGAGAGCACGAAGAAUUUGAUCUGGAAAGCAUGUCGUUCCUGGAAGUGUUGAAGCGAAUAUGUUGCUUCACCACCAGUAGCGCCGGCCCGACUGGUUACACAUCGUUACUACCAAAGGCUUCCUCGUCUAGCUUUGUAAACAAUUAGCCAAUUCCACUUCUCUUCUCAGUAUCGUUAUUUUCAUUAUUUUGUUAUGAAUUUUGGAAUAAAUUUUACAAAUCCAAAAAA